AUGCCACGUCUUAGGCCGCUGAAUUCGCUGUGCCCCAUCGCACUUCGGCAGUCGAAUUCGUGGCAUAGUAUCACCUGCACACGCGCGUCCGCCAGCAUUCGUGAGAUUCACCAGUCUCCAGCGUCGAUCCCUGACCUCGCUGCAGCCGCUUCUUCCGAUAAGUUGAUGCACACAGCAUCAACUGGCAGCAGUAGUGAUAGCUGCGGAAAGGCGAAUAACCAACCACUGCAGAAUCCAAUGGAGCUCCUGUCGAGCGUGUUCCAGCACCAUCCGUCCGCACUGCGGUUACACCGCGAACUCACUAUCGCUCUCGCCGAUGGCGACUCGGCGCGGGCAGCGGACUUGGCCAGCGUGCUUGCCAGCACCGUUCAGCGCGUAGUGGCAGCGCAAGAGGCGGGGCCAAGUGACGUUGCUGCCCCACCUAAAGGUUCCGAGAACGCGAAGCACGUCUACCAGAGCGACAUCCCUAGGGCGGGUCUUGAAGAUAUAGAGGAGGCUAUGGAAAAGACACGCCAAUCACUCCUUCAUCAGGCGACGGUGCUGAAGGGCACUAGCGUGGUCAGCGACGCGGUGGCUGGUGCUGUCCCGCCUGGGCCCACGUCGGCGGAGCGGCCGCUUUCUUUUUGGCGCGAUCCGGAGCAGCUCUGUGUUACUGUUUUGGAGUCCACGUUCGAGACGGAGGUGCUCGGUGGAGAGUCGCAGGAUACGCUAACACCAGCCGGUAACCGGGCAGCGGAGCACGAGGCAGAGCAGGUGCGCAUCCUCGACGCCUACUUGGAAAAGGAAGCUGCACGCUGGAAGGCACAGAAGGCGGCCAUCGCGAAGAUCGUUCUCGAUGUGGCUCGCGCCUUGCGUCUCACUCCAGAAGACUUGCAAUCCUUCGAGGGAACCUUUGCUUCUGCAGCCGAAUCAGCGGCUGCAGAGGCGGGUGAGCGGAAGCUCAAUGUUCUGCGUCACAGUAACCUUGUUAUUCGUGGUGAAAUGCCCUCUUCGGCGUCUCCCACCUCGUCUUCGGAGACUCUUACUGAGGGUGUGGCGGCAGAGCUGCGCGCACUGGAGGAACGAAUGUCUUCUCUUGGACAGCCGCUGACACCGUCAGAGCUGUGCAUGGCACGCUACGAGAUCCAGAUGGGGAAGUCGAAGAUGCGGUACGUCGUCGGGGUGCACAAGGAGCUACAGCUGGCCCUCGAUCACAGCGCUGCGCUGCAGAGGUUGCUUACACAGAAGACAACUCCAGAGGUUACGUUUUCCACGGGUACGGAGGUGUUCAUGGCAGAGGUGAUUCGCGCUCUGAACGAGGGGGCCGAUGCGUACAGUGCGAGUCUAACAGCGGCGGGCACGCAGCUGACGGUGAAUGACAUAAAUGCGCGAGAGGCUGUGGAGACACCAGUGCUCCCCUUCACGUUCAUGCUCAAGUGCUCUUUGUGGUUUACCACUGCACCACCUUCGUCCUCAGGCUAA